UGCAGGUGUCUGGAGGCUCAAAGAGACCCAGACCCAGGAGGCCCAGGGAGCUGGAGGUGACCCUCAGGCAGCAAGACCUCAAAGGAAGCGUGAAGUCCCUGCUCACAGUUGUGUGUCACCUCAAGUGGGGCUCCGAGCAUCAGGAGAAAAGACCAGCACUCAGGAAGCGGCUCAGCGGCAGCUGCUCCAUGAGGAGCUGAAGUUGGUCCUACAGCAGAAGGAGGAGAGGAAACAGGAGCCUGAGGCCCAGGCGACUCUCUGCCGAGCUAUGGAGGCUAGGAGCCGCAGCGCUGAGGAGCUGAGACGAGCCGAGCUGGUGGAGAUUAUCGUGGAGACCGAGGCUCAGACGGGGGUCAGCGGCAUCAACGUAGCGGGCGGCGGCAAAGAAGGAAUUUUCGUCCGCGAGCUGCGCGAGGAUUCACCUGCAGCCAGGAGCCUCAGCUUGCAGGAAGGGGACCAGCUGUUGAGUGCCCGCGUGUUCUUUGAGAACUUCAAAUACGAGGACGCGCUUCGCCUGCUGCAAUGCGCCGAGCCUUACAAGGUCUCCUUCUGCCUGAAGCGCACGGUGCCCACGGGGGACCUGGCGCUGCGGCCCGGGACGGUGUCUGGCUACGAGAUGAAGGGCCCGCGGGCCAAAGUGGCCAAGCUGAACAUCCAGCAUCUGUCCCCUGUGAAGAAGAAGAAGAUGAUGCCAGGGGCCCUGGGGACCCCUGCAGAUUUGGCCCCUGUUGACGUCGAGUUCUCCCUUCCCAAGUUCUCCCGACUGCGUCGGGGUCUCAAAGCCGAGGCUGCCAAGGGGCCUGUCCCAGCUGCCCCUGCCCGUCGACGACUCCAGCUGCCUCGGCUACGUGUCCGAGAAGUGGCCGAAGAGGCCCAGGUAGCACGAAUGGCUGCUGCUGCUCCUCCCCCAAGGAAGGCCAAGGCAGAGGCUGAGGUAGCCACAGGAGCUGGGUUCACAGCCCCUCAGCUAGAGCUAGUUGGGCCUCGGCUGCCAAGUGCUGAGGUGGGUGUCCCUCAGGUGUCAGCUCCCAAGGGGACCCCAUCAACAGAGGCAGCCAGUGGCUUUGCUCUCCAUCUGCCGACCCUUGGGCUCAGAGCCCCAGCUGCACCAGCUGUGGAGCCCCCAGCCAUAGGAAUCCAGGUCCCACAAGUGGAGCUCCCCACCCUCCCCUCUCUUCCCACACUUCCAUGUCUGGACACCCAGGAAGGGGCUGUAGUGAUAAAAGUCCCCACCCUGGAUGUGGCAGCACCUUCUGUGGGGGUGGACCUGGCUUUGCCAGGUACAGAGGUGGAGGCCCCAGGAGAGGUACCUGAGGUGGUCCUGAAGAUGCCCCGCCUCAGUUUCCCCCGCUUUGGGGUUCGAGGGAAGGAAGCUACUGAAGUCAAGGUGGUCAAGGGCAGCCCCGAGGCCAAAGCGAAGGGUCCCAGACUUCGAAUGCCCACCUUUGGGCUUUCUCUCCUGGAGCCCCGGCCCUCUGGUCCUGAAGCUGGCGCUGAGAGCAAGCUAAAGCUCCCUACCCUCAAGAUGCCCUCUUUUGGCAUUGGCGCAGCUGGGCCUGAUGUCAAGGCCCCAAAAGGGCCGGAAGUGAAGCUCCCUAAGGUUCCUGAGGUCAAACUCCCGAAAGUGCCUGAGGCAGUCAUUCCAGAUGUGCGACUCCCCGAGGUACAACUGCCCAAAAUGUCAGAGGUGAAACUUCCAAAGAUCCCUGAGGUGGCCGUACCUGAUGUUCACCUUCCGGAAGUGCAGCUGCCCAAAGUCCCUGAGAUGAAGCUCCCGAAGGUGCCUGAGAUGGCUGUACCUGAUGUACACCUCCCAGAAGUACAGCUCCCAAAAGUUCCAGAGAUGAAACUCCCAGAGAUGAAACUCCCGAAGGUGCCCGAGAUGGCCGUGCCUGAUGUUCGACUUCCGGAGGUUCAGCUGCCCAAAGUGUCGGAGAUGAAGCUCCCUAAGAUGCCCGAGAUGGCCGUGCCUGAUGUUCGGCUCCCGGAAGUUCAGCUGCCCAAAGUGUCGGAGAUGAAGCUCCCUAAGAUGCCCGAGGUGGCCGUGCCCGAUGUUCGGCUCCCGGAAGUUCAGCUGCCCAAAGUGUCGGAGAUGAAGCUCCCUAAGAUGCCCGAGGUGGCCGUGCCCGAUGUUCGGCUCCCGGAAGUUCAGCUGCCCAAAGUGUCGGAGAUGAAGCUCCCUAAGAUGCCCGAGGUGGCCGUGCCCGAUGUUCGGCUCCCGGAAGUUCAGCUGCCCAAAGUGUCGGAGAUGAAGCUCCCUAAGAUGCCCGAGGUGGCCGUGCCUGAUGUUCGGCUCCCGGAAGUUCAGCUGCCCAAAGUGUCGGAGAUGAAGCUCCCUAAGAUGCCCGAGGUGGCCGUGCCCGAUGUUCGGCUCCCGGAAGUUCAGCUGCCCAAAGUGUCAGAGAUCAAAGUGCCUGACGUGAAACUUCCUGAAAUGAAGCUUCCAGAAAUAAAACUGCCCAAAGUGCCCGAGAUGGCAGUGCCCGACGUCCACCUCCCAGAGCUGCAGCUUCCUAAAGUAUCAGACAUGCGACUGCCUGAAAUUCAAGUGCCACAAGUCCCAGAGGUGCAUCUUCCUAAGGUGCCAGAGAUGAAGUUGUCCACAGUUUCUGAGGUGCAGAGAAAAGCCGUAGGGGUGGAGCAGGCAGAAGGGACUGAAUUUAGUUUCAAGUUGCCCAAGGUGACCUUGCCCAAGUUAGGGAAGGUGGGCAAGCCCAGUGAGGCAGGUAUUGAGGUUCCAGGUAAACUCAUGACACUUCCCUGUCUGCAGCCAGAGGUGGGCAGUGAGGUGACUCGCGUUAGUGUCCCCUCCCUCUCUCUGCCUUCUGUGGAGCUUGACUUGCCUGGGGCCCUGGGCCUGGAGGGACAAGUCCAAGAAGCCCCCUUGGUCAAAGUGGAGAAGCCAGAGGGCCCCAGGGUGGCAGCAGGUGUUGGAGAGGUGGGCUUCCGGGUGCCCUCUGUGGAGAUUGUAACUCCACAGUUGCCCACGGCUGAAGUUGAGAAAGAGCAGCUAGAGAUGGUAGAAUUGAAAGUCAAACCCACUUCCAAGUUCUCUCUGACCAAAUUUGGACUUUCGGGACCCAAAGUGGUCAAGGCCGAGGUGGAGGGGCCUGGACGAGCCACCAAGCUGAAGGUCUCCAAGUUUGCUAUCUCACUCCCCAAAGCUCGAACUGGGACCGAAGCUGAAGCGAAAGGAGCUGGGGAAGCAGGGAUGCUGCCUGCCCUGGACCUGUCCAUCCCACAGCUCAGCCUGGAUGCUCAUCUGCCCUCAGGCAAAGCAGAGGUAGCAGGGGCUGAGAGCAAGCCCAAGGGGCCCAGGUUUGCACUGCCCAAGUUUGGGGUGAAGGGCCGGGACUCGGAAGCUGAAGUACUAGUGGCAGGGGAAGCUGAGCUUGAGGGAAAAGGCUGGGGCUGGGAUGGGAAGGUGAGGAUGCCAAAGCUUAAGAUGCCCUCUUUUGGACUGUCCCGAGGGAAGGAAGUAGAAGUUGAGGAUGGACGUGUUAGCCCUGGUGAAAAACUGGAGGCCAUAGCUGGUCAGCUUAAGAUUCCUGAGGUAGAACUGGUCACACCAGGAACUCAAGAGGUAGAAGCUGCUGCCAGUGGAGUGAAGCCAUCAGGUCCGAAGGUGUCCACCACUGGGCAGGCGGUGGCAGAGGGCCAAGAGGGAGUGCUAAGGGUGCCCACCCUGGGCAUCUCACUGCCCCAGGUAGAACUGACCAGCUUUCGCGAGGCAGGAACUGAAAUUGCAGCUCCAUCUGCAGAGGGCACAGCAGGCUCUAGGGUUCAGGUGCCCCAGGUGAUGCUGGAUCUGCCUGGAACCCAGGUGGCAGGGGGUGAUCUCUUAGUAGGUGAGGGCAUCUUCAAGAUGCCCACAGUCACAGUGCCCCAGCUAGAGCUGGAUGUCGGGCUGAGCCACGAAGCCCAGGCUGGUGAAGCAGCCAAGAGUGAGGGUGGCUUGAAGCUGAAGCUGCCCACCCUGGGUGCGGGAGGCAAAGGAGAGGGUACUGAGCGUGAGGACCCCGGGGCGCAGCGCACCUUCCAGCUUCCUGAUGUGGAACUCACUUCCCCAGUCAGUAGCCAUGCUGAGUACCAAGUGGUUGAGGGUGAUGGGGAUGCUGGACACAAACUCAAGGUUCGGCUGCCCCUGUUUGGUCUGGUGAGGGCUAAGGAAGGAGUGGAAGGCGGAGAAAAGGCCAAGAGUCCAAAGCUCAGGCUGCCCAGAGUGGGCUUCAGCCAAAGUGAGGCGGUCUCCGGAGAAGGCUCUCCAAGUCCUGAGGAGGAAGAGGGCAGUGGGGAAGGAGCUUCUGGUCGCCGGGGUCGGGUCAGGGUCCGAUUGCCUCGUGUAGGCUUGGCUUCCCCUUCCAAAGUCUCUAAGGGACAAGAGGGUGAAACAACUUCCAAGUCCCCAGUUGGGGAGAAGUCACCCAAAUUCCGCUUUCCCAGGGUGUCCCUAAGCCCCAAGGCCCGGAGUGGGAGUAGGGACCGGGAAGAAGGUGGAUUCAGGGUCCGACUGCCCAGUGUGGGGUUUUCAGAAACAGCAGCUCCGGGCUCCACAAGGGUUGAGGGAACCCAGGCUGCUGCCAUCUGAAGCCCUGGACAGAGGUGGAUUCCCCUCUUGCCUUCCCAUCCCCCACCCCAACUCCCCAUUUUGUGUGUGACAUUACUAGCACUAAUCCUCAGAAGGCUCGGAGAUGGGCAACUGACUCAGGCAGGAGCCAGAGGCCGGGGACACCUCAUUAGCAGAAGUGCCUGUAUAU